AGGACAAAAAAAAAAAAAUUAAAGGUCACUAGGAAAAUAAUUAAUUGAAAAAAUUGAAAGUUCAGUAGGCUGUACAAUGAUGCCUUCAACCAGAGUGCUCCUUCAGCUAUGGAUAAUUUGUCAAUUCUAUCUCCAUGCUCGACCUGAAAUGUCUUUUGAUCUGCAGCUACCCGAUAUUCGUGUAUUCAGAAGUUGCAACAUCGAAAAGAUAUAUCAGUUUGGAGCUUCUUUUUCGGAUACUGGAAACGAGCUAGUGGAAGAUCCAACAAUUGCAUCCUCUAGGCUUCCCUAUGGUGAGAGCUCUCUUCAGGGUCCAACUGGCCGUUAUUCAGAUGGACUCCUCAUGAUCGACUACAUUGCAUUAGCAGCUGGUAUACCAUUGCUGAAUCCCUAUUUAAAAGACGACGCAGACUUUAGUCACGGUGUAAACUUUGCGGUUGGUGGUGCUACAGCAUUGUCAGCAAAUGGUUUGGCAGAGAAAAACAUUCCUGUAACUGCCAUCGACAAUUCCCUUGGCACUCAAGUUGAGUGGAUGUCGAAUCAUUUCAGUUCUCAGUGCCACCUAGACAAAGACUGUAGUCGUGGACGUCUAAAUAAUUCUCUGUUUGUGAUCGGUGAAAUUGGAAGAAAUGAUUACAAUAGAGCAUUCGGACUAGGCAAUAAAACCUUUGCAGAGGCCGAAGAAAUGGUGCCUGAAGUUGUUGAAGUAGUUGAAAAUGCAGUAAGAAGAGUCAUUGGUCUUGGGGCAUCUCAAGUAAUUGUUCCAGGGAUUUUCCCAAUGGGAUGCCUUCCAGGAAUCCUGGAGGAUUUCAAAAGCAAUGAUAAAUCAGCCUACGACGAACAUCAGUGUUUGAAAGAGUUCAAUAAUUUUGUAGCAUUUCAUAACAACUAUCUACAGAAGACGAUCAUCACGUUGCAAGCAGAAAAUCCCCACACUACAAUUGUGUAUGCGGAUUACUUCAAUGCCUUCAAAUGGAUUCUUUAUAAUGCUCCGCGGCUAGGUUUUGAUGCAACUUCUGUAUUAGAAGGCUGCUGCGGAAAUACUGGCCCAACCAGUGAUGCUUCCUCGACGGAAGGUUGUGGGAGCUCAAAUGUUCCGGUAUGUUCGAAUCCUGAUCGAUAUAUCAAUUGGGAUGGAGUGCAUUUCACACAGAAAACACACAGUGUUCUAGCCACUUGGGUUGUAGCAGAUAUGAUACCAAAGCUUAAUUGUGUCCUUCAAGUUGAAGAUCAUUAGGGGGACCUUAUAAAGUUUGAGUCCCUGAACUAAAUUUAUAGAAUUUGUUAUAAAGUAUUAUAAUUUGUAACCUGUAGUCUAUAUAAUUAAUUAUAUGACGCAUAUAUUAAUAAUUUAAUU